AUGAGCAAGAUCAGACCUAAAAAAAAGAAAAAAAAAAGAAAAAAAGAGGUGUGAAAGGUUCAAAAGUUGGCAAGUUUCUCUCUCCCCCUGUGCCCCCCGCCCCAAAAAAAAUAAAAAAUCCACAGCAUUACACAUCAAAAAAAAAAGGGGAGAAGAAGUGGGGGAAAGGAGGAAAUGAAUAUGUGAGGACAAUGUUACCCUCCUUCCCCAAAUACACAAGAUUUUGUUUCUUGUUGCAAUUUGAAUGAAGGCAUAGAUGGAGGUUAAUGAUCAAGUAGGGGGCUCCAAGUUGUAAGAUAAUGCCUAGAACUUGAUGAAAAGUUUGAUUUUGAUUGAUGCUAGUCUCAGGGUUUGUUGGUAAUAGUGAAAAGUUGACAAUAUGUGGAUGCUAGGUGGAAAGUUUAAAAGGGAGAGAGAAGGAAAGAAAGAAAGAAAUAGAGAAUUGAGAUAACUAGUUUAGAAGGUUAAAACCACAUUAAAUCAUGGCCGAAUAGUGGUUUAUCACCUAGUUAAUUACACUAUUUACUAUCUUGUAUUGUGGGAGAAUAUGAUGUCAUAUGUAGGUCCCAAAUAGAAGUGUUGGAAUAGAGGAUCAGAAACAAAUAGAAAAUGAUCACAGCCCAAGCUGA